AUAUUGAUUAUAACCUCAGUAUGCGUACAACUGUCGUCGUAUUUACCACUUAUUUAAAAACAAGGAGAGAAAAUGAUGAAACUUUCGAAAGAAAAGUUUGCUCAACUUGAAAUAGACACAACUGUACGUGUAACUGUGGCGGACGUUGAUAGAGCUCGUGGUUCUCCACGAAAUAUACUAGGAGUUGUCACCCAACUUGAACACGACUUAUACAAACUCUAUACUGAACAUGGUUUUCUUAAAUACAAUUACACACGUCAAGAAAUAGCUGCUUGCGAAGAAAAUCUAUUAGAUAUGGACAAUGUGAUCAAAUUAGCAGAUGGUAGACAGUUGACACUGAGGGAAGCAACUAGUAAUAGUUCGGUUGCGGGCCCUCAAGGGUACCAGCGUUGCCAUUGCAAAACUGGUUGCAAUAAUAAGCGUUGUGCCUGCCGUGGGGCUGAAAUAUUAUGCAAUAGUAAAUGUCAUGGGAAUACAGCUUGUAAAAAUAAAUACAAAAUAAUAUUGCAUUUUUUCUAUUUUUAAAAAUCAUAAUUUUUCAAAUUGUAGUAUUUGAGAUUCAUCGCGUACAUAUAUCUGAUCUAUUACAACAAUUACCUUUGUAUUUGGUCAUUAACGUGAUUAUCCGGUUUACAACGAUAAUUAUCUGUGUAUUUGGUAAAUAACGUUAAUAACCGGCGAAUAACGUUAAUUUCCAUUUAACAUAAUAUACCGUAACAUAUAUACUCAGAAAAAGUAUAGAAAAACAGUAGUUAAAUACAUAUUUUUG